AUGUGGGUGGGGCUCUCAUCAGCGCAGGAGCCGAAUUGUUCCGGUGCAGUGGACUCGAGGCGCGAAUUCCGACACCCAGAUCCCGCGGGUAGCAGCCGAGUUCUGGGAACUCACCCACCCCUGGAGCGGGGCCAGCAGCUCCGGGGCCCGGGAGAAAAGCUCCGCCAGGGCGGCUCAGUGAUGAGCCCGGUGGCAGCGGCGGCACGACCCAACCCGCAGCGUUCCGCCCGGUGCACCCACCCCGCGCCCCGGGAGAACCGAGCUCGGGGGCGGCUCCCCGGUCACCGUGAGCCUGGGACACCUCCACCCCCGGUUUGCCCCUCGUUUUUCCCCGAGGCCGGAGGAGCCGCGCACUCACCGCCGCCCCGCGCUCGCCGCCACCCGCCCGCGCCCGGGGCUAAGCCGGGUCCUGGGCGCAGGCGGGAUAAACGGGCACGGGGCAGCGGGAUUAGGAUCCCGGCUGGGAAAUCCGCCUAA